AUGGAAAGUAACCGAAUAUUGAAUACCACAGGAGAUUUGUCUCGUAAUAAAGGAAUGUCUUCUAGAGGUUUUCGUAGCAUUUCAAGUGAUAUUUCUUCUAUAAGUAGUGAGAGUACAUAUAAUCAGUCCCGAAAUAAGUUGUUUGAAAUAACAUCGUCUAAAUAUGAUCAAAAUACUUAUACUAGUGAAUAUAAAUCUAAUUAUGAUAACAAAUUUAAGAAUUAUGGUCGUGAAGGCUAUACACCGUAUAAUAAUGAAGGUUCCAGUGAUGAAGAUGUAGAAGCUAUCAAACAAGAAAUGCGAUUUGUCAAGCAAGACAGUUUAAAUAGUACUCGAAAUGCAGUUAGGACAGCUGUUCAAGCCGAAGAAACAGGUAGACAAACUUUAGAAAAGUUAGGGACACAAAGCGAAAGAAUAGGAACUACAGAGAAAUAUUUGGAUCUUACAGCUGUCAACGCAAAAAUGGCUGAAGAAAAAAAUAAAGCUCUUAAACAAUUAAAUCGGAGUGUAUUUAUUCCUCAUUUUAAGAAACCAUGGAAAAAACAAGCACGGCUUUUGGAAAAAGAGCAACGUAUUCGUGAUCAAUAUGAAUUAGAACAAUUGGAAAGAGAAAAAACAAAAAAAAGUGAGUACGAGAGUCUUACACGUAUUAAAGAUGCUCUUAAUAAACAAAAAAAUAAAACAUAUGAAAAUCAAGCACCGAAUGAUCCUUUUCAUUGUCGAUUUGAGCCUGAUGAGGAAGAUGAUGAGAUUGAAAGUGAAAUAAACCAAAAUUUAUUUCAGCUUGGCAAUAUAGCUUCCCAACUCAAAGCAAUUGCUACUGCUACUCAAGAAGAAAUUAUAAGUCAAAAUGCCAGACUUGAUAGAAUUUCAGAAAAGGGACAUAAAUUGGACGCUGAAAUCCAUAUUAAUGCUGAAAGGCUUAAAAGGAUAAACUAA